AUGCUGCUGGAGAAGCAGAACGACUGGCGACUGAGUGGAGCACGUGAGGAGCAAAGCGAGCGUGCUCUCAUCAAGAACCCAGAGUCCGAGUCCUAUCCCACGGGGGAAACGAUGAGCAAAAAACCUGAUAUUAUUUCCACCUUGACCACGACGCAGACUACACGCCUGCCCGACGGGACCGUCACGACCAAAGUGGUGCUGAAGCAACGCUUCGUCGAUGGCCGAGAGGAAACUACAGAGAGUUUUCACACUCGAAAUGAAGCACAUUCUGACGAAGCUUCCCAGCGAGAUGACAAGUCUCAACGCGAUGAGAAGUCGACGACGAAGAGAGGCUGGUUCUGGUCUUGA